CUCCAACACAGCACUGUUUACAACAUCCGUUCCGGCAUUUCGCCAACCGUAACGUCCAAAAUCCGAUUACUUUCUUCAUCUGCCAGGUCGCAGAGUGUACACAUAUACACGGACGCACAGCAUAGGAAAAAUGGCAUCUGGAACUUUGUACACGUAUCAGAACAAUUUCCGUGCUUACAAGGCGCUGAUAGCGGCCCAGUACAGCGGAGCGGAUGUUAAGGUAGACUCGUCAUUCGAGUUUGGAGUCACCAACAAACAGGAAGAUUUUUUGAAAAAAUUUCCUUUAGGCAAAGUUCCCGCUUUUGAAUCAAACAAGAAAGAAUAUCUAUCUGAAAGCAAUGCCAUUGCCUAUUUUGUAUCCAGUGAGCAGUUCAAAGGUGCUACACCAUAUGAAAAAGCACUUGUACAACAAUGGAUUAGCUUUGCUGAUAAUGAAAUUUUACCAGCUUCCUAUGCGUGGGUAUAUCCAUCUCUCAGUGUUGCUCAAUUCAACAAAUUGGCAGUAGACAGGGCAAUUGAAGAUGUUAAAGCUAUACUUACUUACUUGGAUAAUUAUUUACUAACAAAAACGUACUUAGUUGGUGAACGUAUUUCAUUGGCCGAUAUCACUGUAGCUUGUUCUUUAAUCCAACUUUACCAACAUGUGUUGAACCCGGAUUUCAGGAAAUCCUAUACUAACGUAAACAGAUGGUUUGAUACCAUAGUCAAUCAACCAAAAGUAGUUAAAGUUGUGGGAAAGUUUGAAUACUGCCAAAAAAGUGCGGAGUUUAACCAAAAGUUGUAUACUGAACUUCAAGGUGCUUCUGGUGAAAAAAAGCAGCUAAAGAAGGAAAAACCUAAGAAAGCUCCCGAACCCAAGAAACCGGCACCCAAGGAAGAAGCUCCAGCUGAAGAGCCUGAUGCAGCCGAUCUCAUUUUGGCUGCUGAACCCAAAUCUAAAGAUCCAUUUGAUGCCCUUCCUAAAGGAACAUUUAAUAUGGACGAGUUCAAGAGAGUAUACAGUAAUGAAGAGGAAUCUAAAUCUAUUGCCCAUUUCUGGAAACACUUUGAUAAAGAAAAUUAUUCAAUAUGGUUUGGUGAAUACAAAUACAAUAAUGAGCUACAAAAAGUAUUUAUGAGCUGCAAUCUUAUAUCUGGUAUGUUUCAAAGGUUAGACAAGAUGAGAAAAAAUGCGUUUGCAUCAGUCUGUUUAUUUGGUUCUGAAGGAGAUAGUACAAUUUCCGGAGUUUGGGUAUGGAAAGGCCAUGAUCUUGCAUUUGAGUUGAGUAAUGACUGGAAAGUUGAUUACGAUGUAUAUACUUGGGAAAAACUGGAUGCUAAUAGCGAAGAAACCAAGAAAUUGGUGAGCGAGUACUUCGCAUGGACUGCUAAGGAUAAGGAAGGCAGACCUUUCAAUCAAGGAAAGAUAUUUAAAUAAAUAAAUGGUGUAAUUGUUUUACAUCUAAUAUUAUCUUUAUCAUGAUAUUUAAUAUAAUAUAAAAAAUAAAUGAAAUUAAAACUAUUUUUUAUUA